AUGCAUCAUACUGUUCGAAUACGUGAUUUAUCACCAGCACCUGCAAAUCAAACGAGCUAUCGAAAAGGACCUUCACAAGCAUCAAGCAAUCAUUGGGUAGCAGCUGUGGAUAACCGCUAUUCGGCUUCAUCACCGGAUCGCUACAAAGUUCAAUAUUGGUAUGAAAAUGGACCACAUACACAUGGUGACUAUUCUGGUCAUCCAGUAUUUGAAGCUUUUCUUGCUGCGUAUGCCAAUCAUGAAGAUAUCAUCCUUUCUCCUGAUGAUAUUUGGCUCAUGAUUACAAUUUAUUAUGCCAAAUAUGUCGAUGACAAUGCAGAACAAUUGCGAUCAUUGUUUGUUGACGAUGAAGGAAAAAAGGAGCUUGAAGUCAUCGUUUCAACUGAGACACCUAAGUAAGCACCAUACUAACAGAUCAUUUAGUUAAUAUCCGAUAAUUUUCUUCUUUUUGUUAUUGUCGGUUAGUUGGCCUGAAUUCUUGGAACAGAUAAAAGUGGAAAUUAGUAAAAAUGUAAAAAACGAUAUAGUAGAAGUUCUGACAUCGGCCUAUUCAACAACAGGCCCAGUCGAGUCAUUGUUGUCCUGUGCUUGUAUCAUGCACACAUUCAAAAAAUAUUUUGAUUAUAUUCAUUGUAUUCCCGGUUGUGGCAUACGAAAUGUUCAUUUUUUGGGUACCUUAGCUGAUUGGCAACUCUUACGAAGUAAAGCAGAAAGACUCAAAAAUUUUACAAAACCAAGCACGGAUCCUUAUCGGAGCGUAUAUACGGAUUUUUCGAGCUAUAUCGAUGGAGUAUUGCCCAUUUUGGAUGAAUUCAUUCGUACGUAUCAGGGACAAGUCGACAAUAAGUUUUGGGAUCAAAUUUUUGAUUACACUCAUGUACACAAAAGAGGUGGAUCUGGGUAAGUUAAAAUAGGAGAUUAUCUUGAAAUUGUAAUUUCUUUCUUCGUUCGUAGGAUGAUUAUUGGAGAAGUGAUGGGUAUUCGAGGUUGGUUUCUUCGCUUGUGUUUCGGACUGCACUAUUCUGACGCAAAAAUAGAACUCGAUAACCUUAGGCUCAAUGGUAUCUCAGUACCAGUUACUUUAAAGAAUCUGACCACGAAUCAGAAAUCUCCAUGUUACGUUGCUGGUGGUUUUCAUGGAGUCCAUUCAAAAGAUGGAAAGCACAGACCUGUUAUGAGUCUAUCGAUUAUCGAGGAUACCAAACCUGACAAAUAAACUGUGUACUCUAACUAUUUCAUCCAAUCGAUUUUAAUAAUAGACUUUCAUGAAAGAAAUUUAAAAACGUAAUAAAUAUUCUAAUUUUGUAAAAGAGAAAGAAAGCCGAUUAUAUUCAGGAUUUUUUCUAGUAAACUUUUGAUUUCAAUAAAAUGACCUUCGAAAAUGGCAAGCAUCAAUCGGAUAAGAUUCAUGUUGAGUUGUACGAAUCUCAUAGAAGAAGGAGAAAAAUAAAAGUGAUGAGUAAUGAUAUGCUUCAUUAAAUUACCAAAUAUUGUCAUUCUCAUGAUAUAGAGAUCAACACACAGAUUUGGAAAGAAACAACAAUUCUCGACAAUUUGGAUCACGGUAUGGGUGUGAAUCAAGAAAACACACACACACUCACACUCUCAUCUUCAAUCCAGAUAUACUCACUAUCAGUUACAUUCUCAUACGUACAUUGUCAUCAAUUCAUCCAUUCGCCACACCCUCACCGUCUACGUAUGCACUUAUAUUCUUAUUCUUUUCUUUUGUUUUAGCCAUGCAUCAAGGAUUUUCCUUUCCUGUGAUAAACAUGUCAUGAACCUUUUCUUUCCCAUCGUAUAUAUGUGAUGGACUUUUCCUUUCCUUCACUCUUCUUUCUUUGGGUGUGGGUGGGUGUGGGUGUGGGUGAGGAUGUGGGUGUGGGUGUGGGUGUGGGUGCGUGUGGGUAUGCGUGUGGGUGUGGGUGCGUGUGGGUAUGCGUGUGGGUGUGGGUGCGUGUGGGUAUGCGUGUGGGUGUGGGUGCGUGUGGGUAU